AUGGUGGAUAUAAUUUUGUGCUAUACCAGCCUUUUUCUUUAAAGUUUUAUUACUUAUCAGUGUCUGUACCAGCCUUGGGAUCCCCACGAGCUUUGCUGUGUGUGCCUCCCAGAAAAACUCCGGAUCGCUGAUGGGAGGAGAGCAGCUCCAAAACACCCUUUUUACCCACUGUGGAAGAGAUCCUUUGCCCUCCAUGUGGAGGGAGCAGAGCAAACACCAGCCUGGCCCAUCCCAGCUGCACCUUCCCCCUCCGCUGGCCAGUGCUGGGGUGGGACUGAUGGGCCCGUAACCUCUGGAGAUAUGGUGAUGAUUCAGGAGCUGCUCCCAAGAGCUCUGCUUUGUUGCACCUUGGGCACCAUCCACUGUCCUGCUUACAAACAUUAUGGCACAGGAUCCAUGGGAAUGGAGCUGUCCUGCUGGCUGCUGGGAAGAUUUGGCUCCUGGUUUGCUCCGCCGCCGAUCGGUGUUGGACCAUGGGAGUGAGGGCACCGGGUGCUGACAGCUCUUCGAGGACUUGGGAUGAGAUCCAUGGUUCCUCUUGGCCUCCAAGGCUGCAGAGAGCCACUUUUGUUUUCCACUGGACCUACAAAAAGGCUGUGGGAUGUUUGCCUGCCAGUCCAGCCAAGGACAAGGAGGGAUUUGCUUUGGGGUUGAGCCCGGGUCAGUUGGCUCUGGAUGAAGUUCCUGCCUCGGUUGUGAAUGGUGCUCAGGUGGCUUUCCAAGAGGCUUCUGUCCCCUGGGACACACGGCUGCCUUGCCAGGGAAUUUGCUGGCUCGUUCCAGCUGUGCAUGAGCUGCCUGGAGCUGAGGAUGCUGAUGGACAUCGGCCCCUGGGGUGGUGGCUUUGGCCUGGACGUGCUCCUGACCCUCCUCUUCCUCCUCUCCGCUGUCCACGGUGCCUCUUUGGACGGAGCAUCGGCCAACCCGACCGUGUCCCUGCAGGAGUUCCUGCUCCUCGAGUCCAGCCUGGCAGCCACAGCGGCCAAGCUGCUGGCCCAGGGUGGGGGUGCAGGGACGGGCUGGGCUCUCACCCGGCUCUACUGGUCCUGGGAGCUGAGCCAGCUGCACUUCAUCCAGAACCUGAUCGCGCCCGAGUGCAGCUCCUCCAUCCGCGCCUCCCUGCCCCACGCUGCCUUCGUGGAAGGCUCCUGCUCCUUCCUGUUCCACCUGGUCCUCCUCAAGGUGCGACAGAGUCACCCCCUGUACCGGGUCCCUGCGCUGGCAGCCACUGUCACCUUCCUGACCUAUGCAGCCGGACCGUACACGGGGGCCUUCUUCAACCCUGCCCUGGCCACAGCCACCACCUUCCACUGCUCGGGGAGCAGCUUCUGGGACUACAUCCAGGUGUACUGGCUGGGGCCCCUCGCAGGGAUGCUCGCUGCCCUCCUGCUGUUCCAGGGCAACAUCCCACGCCUCUUCCAGAAAAACCUCCUCUACAGCCAGAGGAGCAAAUACAAGGUGCCCAAGGCAAAGGUGACAGCGCAGGUGGAGGGUGACAAACCACAGAAGAAGAAGAAAGGAGGGAAGAGCAAGUCGGAGCCCAGUGCCUGAGCCCAGGGGUCCUGGCAGCCCUUUUCCUGGGAAAGGGUUUCCCUGUGUGGAGGAUUUUGCAGCUCGUUCAGUCCUUAAAGCAUCACAAAGGAAUCCUCGCAGGAUGCCCGAGCCCCUGAGCUCCUUUGGGAAUUGCUUCAAAAGCCUCCCUGGAGAGUUCGAAAUGUUUCAAGCCCGCACUGCUGCCUCUGAGAGAAAACACGGAACACUUUUGCAUAAAUUGCUGGUUGUCUUGUACUGCCAGCAAUCUUACAGAGAGCUGGGACCGUUCCAGGGGCAGGCUUGAGCAACCCGGGGUUAUUGCACCGUGCAAUGCCUGCAAUAACCCCUCUGGGUCUCCUGCAGCCCUAAAAACCAAGGAUAAGCCAGUAACUGCCUUGGACACUUGGGAUGGGGGAGGAAGCAGGCUUUGAUCUUUUGAGUUACUAAUGGAAACUUGUUACAAAUUGGUGGGUUUUGAGUUAAACUUGGCCUGAAGUCCUUGAAAUGCACAGGCUGAACCUGGCAACUCUUGGAGGGGAAUUAAAAGUGCUCCAAGGCAAGAGAGUUCACUGGCCACGGGAGAACCUGCUCCUCUGGGGAUGUGCUUAGCCUGGGUUUUGGUGAUGUAAAGCAUCAAGAAAUAGUUUGCAAAGGGUCUGUGAUUUGGAAAAAAAACCAAAAAAAACCA